AGUAGAGUUUUUUAAAUUAAGUUAUUUAUAUACCAUCGCAAUGGGCUUAUAGUGGGGAGAAUGUUCCCCUUUUAUAUGUCUAAUGCAUAUUUUAUCUAUAUCUAUCACGAAAUCACAUACGCUACGUGCGGAAGGUUGUGGUCAGCUCUUUUUUAUUAAAUGUCAUAAAAUUUGGUUAACUUCUUUUAACGAUUUUAUAGAAAAAUGGACUUGAAAGCUGUAGUUAUCUCAGGAGAGGCACCGGAAUCAGAUGAUGAUACUGCUAGUAUCACUAUGGGCAUAGGAUUUCCCUCUGUACGUACACCAAAUUAUUGUGGCACGAUUAUUACUGGCGAAGCUCCUGAAUCUGAUGAAGAUGGUACAAGUCUGAGCAGUAUCAGUGGAGCAGUUGAUGCUAUGACUUGCCCACCUUAUGCAGAAGUAAAAACAUUAAAAUCCAAAAAAAGCAGCAUUAAAUAUAAUAGUUUGCUUCAUAAAAAACUACGUGAAUGUAAUGAAACAUUGGAUAAAGAUAUAAUUCAGAUGACAGAAGGAACAGUUGUUAAUGAUGUUCAAGAAUUAUCAGCUGUCAACAGACAAUUAUUAAGAAGCGAACUUGUCUUACAAGAGGCGGUUUGUCAAUUGCGUAAUGCAUCUAAUAAAUCUAAAAAUGCAUCUAACGCUCUGUAUGAACUUAUAAAUACGCGUUUUUUACAUUCUAUUAAAACAUAAGUUGUUUGUUCAUUUGUUAAUAUAUCCUUGUUAAUAAAAUAUAUUUAUAAUAAUACUAUAGACUGAAGAUAAUAAAGUUAUUCAGAAUUGCAUUGAAUGCAAAUAUUAAAAACAAUCAUUAAAUACAAUAUAUUGAGCACUAAUGUGUGUCACUUGUAAUUGGCAGUCUAUUCAAUAUAUUAAUUAUAUACUAUCAUACCUAAAAAAUUCAAGUAUGAAUAAUAUUCCUUUUAAUUUAUUAGAAAUUAAAAUAAUUCUAAUACACAACAAAUGCAGUUUGCUUUAGUGAUGUAUCUAUAUAUUACCAAGUAAUAAAUAUCCUUAUACUGAU